AAUUCAAAGUGCGUGUGUGGAUGUUUAUCGCUUUUGAGUUUGACAUGUUAAAGAUUCAAUAUUUUAGGAGUAUCAUCAGUUAAAUACCAUAAGUCUAGCCAUAAUCCGUACGAAUUAAUAUGUUUACUUAAAAUAUGGGUUUUAAUUUUUUCAAUAUAUCGUAGCGGCCUAAUACUUUUUUAAAAUUUCUGACAUCGUCAAUUGUGCGUUUUUGACUUUUUUAUUUACAACUUAAGCAGUUAUAAUUUUUGUAAGAAUAAUAAUUAUUAAGUAGUGCUGUGGAUCGUUGACUGGUGAUUAUAUUGCAAGUAUCGGAUAUUAGGCUGCAGAUUUCUUCCUGAUAAAUAUUACGUUGUGACAUUAGGUUAAUAUAUUAUAAAAUGCCACAGAGAGUAUGAAAGCUUAUUUAGUUACUAAUUGAAUAAUUCGUAAACUAAGUAAAGUGUGAAUUUAAAAAUUGAGUGUGCCCGGACGGAUUGGGGGGGGGGAAAUUAUUUUUAUAGCUUCUUAUUUUCCAUUAUAGUUAUCAUAUAAAUUUAUAUAUGAAUUUCCUCUCUGUAGCAAAGAGUUCCAUAUGUAUUAGCUUUGAAGAGAGGUUAAAAUAUUAAAGUGGAUUCAUCCGAUAAAAAUUUUGAUUUGAUUUACAUGCUAAAUUUUACUUCAUAUUUAUUAUUUUGCUUUCAGAUUUUCAUUAAAAAUGAAGUAUCUAGAACUUAUAUUUUCCCAGUAUAUGGACAGAGUUUACAUAUAUUUAAUUAAUUAAAGUUUCAUUUAAUUGAAAUGUAGCUGAUGCAUAAUUUGCAUGGACCAUGAAGAAUCAUAAGCAGGUCACUUUUUUAAGGCAUUGACUAAGUUUCCUCAAUUUAUGAAAUUAUUUCGUGGAUAGUUCAAAAUAUCUUAUAUUUAAAUCUUUCCUGCCAUAUGAUUCUGUCUUAGAAGAAUAGUUUUGUUUUAAUUAACAAAUUCAGAAUGAAAUUUUAAAAUAUAUUGCUUUUGUUUAUUAUAUAUAAUACUUAGUAAUUGUACGAGUCCCAAACUAUAUUGCAAUGAAAUCAUCUAAUGAAACUGGGAAUAUAAGAACUUUCCUGGGGAAAAAACAGAAAUCAUUUGAAUUUCAUUCAGUUCAUGAAUUUGAAAGCAAAGAUUUAAAAAAAGUAAUAAAGCCUUGUGCAUCAGCUUCAUUAUUAUCUGGGAGAGGAAAGCUGAUGCUGCAGCAGCAAAAUUAUGAAACUUUCUCAUCAGAAUUUUCUCGACAAUCUUUUAAAAUUUAUGGAAUGGAAGACCAAAAGUUAUUUCUUUCUUCAUAUCAAAUAUUAGAAAAAAUGAAUAAACUCAUAUCUAAAGUUACUAAUAUUAAAAGUUACAGCUGUUCUCAUGAGAAUCAUCUUGAAUGUGCAUGUGCUCAGAUAAGCUUUAGAAAAUUAAUUUUAUACCGUGAUAAUCUGAAGCAGCUUCUAGAGGAAAGAUGUACAUUAAUAUUAAAAGAAGAAUGUGACUUUUGUGUCAAGGAGAGUUUGAAUAUGAUUUGUGAUUUUAAGCAUAUUUAUAUAAAUGAAAAAAUGAAAAUGACAUCUCUUCCUAUUCAGUCAUUUAACAGAUUCAUUGACAGUUCAGACUUGAGUAUUUCAGUAUUAGAAUUAUUUUUGAAAAAGCUGCAAAUGAUCUGUGAUUUACAUUUAUCUCUCAGCAGCAGUUAUCAAAAGAUCAUUAAUUUUUUCCAUGUUAGUUUCAGUAUGGAUUUGUAUCAAAUAGUUUUAAAAACCAACAAAAUGUUGCAGAAAUUGAAAUCUGAGAUAUUUUAUUGGGCUCAUAAAAUACUGGCCAUUUAUAUGCAAAAGCUUUGUUUAGCAGAUCCUAAUUCAGUUUCACCAAAUUUUUUGCAGGACGUUUUAGAAAUUUAUAAAGUUUUCAAUGUAAUCAUAUCAGAUAAUGAAAAGGUUAUGAGACAAAAAUAUUUGAAGGCAGCCAGUGAUCUUUUUUAUGAUAGUGUAGUGCAUUAUGAAUGUAAAAAGUUGCCAUUUAGUAUUAUGCUACAGUACCUAUCUCUAUUUGAAGCUAAGGUAGCAGCAGAAAGAAUUGUUCAAUUUUUAAUUGGUAUGUGUAAACAUUUUAAGCUAGUAAAUUUCCAAAAGAAAGACAGUUUUAAUCAUGAAUGGGUCAAAGUAGUGAGUGCUACAUCUGAUUAUUGUAGCGGCUCGGCCAGUGAUGUUAUUUCAGAAAAUGUGCUUGCUGAAUCACCAAAACCUGUAUCUAAUUUUCUAAAUGUCCUGUUUUCCUUAAUGCAGCGAAACCAGUCUUUCGUUUUAAAAUAUUUGUAUGCUAUUAUGAAUGUAAAGAAUAUAUCAUCGCAUAAGAGUAGAACGAAACAUUUGCAUGAAAAAACUUCAAAACUUAGUUCAGUUCGUCAGACUUGGAGCUUGCCACUACAAGUACACGAAGGGGACAGUUACAUUCAUCUAGAGGAAAUAUAUUGGUCACAUUUUUGGAAUAAUACUGAAAAAUUCAUCCUGAAACUCCUUUUACAAGUUCCAUACCAUCAAUAUGGGGCAGCUGCUGCUGGAGCAAUUAUUUUAUGGCCAGAAUCAUAUCGUAAUUACAUCAUACACAUUUUACAAAUGAGUAUAAAAAAUGAAGAUAUCUCUCCUGAAAGCAGAGUUGUUAUGAAUCAAAUAUCAAAUUACAUUUUUGCUUAUUCUUUGCAAAUUUCCUGGGAUAGAGAUUUUUGUUUAUCACUUUCUGCUGUGCAGGUUGAUAACUGUGUGCCUGUGCCAACAGUGCAGAAUGAGAUCAGAACUCACACUGGAAAUUUGUUUUCUGAUUGUUUAACACAAGUUACUAGAAUUUUGAAUAAUGAUGUUCAUGAUAUGGAACUACUUAUUUAUUUGAAAUGUAUUCUUCAAAUUCAAGCAACUUUAGAUUGUUUUAAUUUAUGGCUGACUGUGAGAACCAGAGCUUUAGUGUCAUCAUGGAAUUUGUCAAUGUAUAUGCUCAUCAGUUUUUCUGAUUGUCGACAUGCGGCUAAAUUAUUGAAAAGUAGGGAGAUACCAGGUGCUUCAACAGAUAAGCAUUCAGUGACGUCAAAAAUUAUCCCUUCUACCAAACACAAGUUAGAAAGCUCUGUUUUAAAGCAAGUUAAAGAUCUAGAGGGAUGUGUAUCUGAAGCUCCAAAUUUGCUUUACAAGAUUUAUUACAGAACGACAUCAAGAAUUCUGCUGUCUGUCUUGAAAACAGCCUGUGGCUGUCAAAUAAAAAGAAAAAUUUCUCCCUUCCAGUCAAAGAUGUAUGGGCCUGUUUCAGUAGAAGAAAUGUUGUUUCCAUUGACUGAAAGUUUAAACCACAUUGCUGAUGUAUCUCCAAUAAUCAUAGCAUCAACAUCUGCUAUCGCAGAAGCAUUUCUGCAUUUUCUUUAUAAAUGUAAAAGAAGUUUAAGUGCUGCAAGGAAUGUUAGCUUUAUAAGUGCAGAAGCAUUGAAAUUUCUAUUGUGGGUGAAGAAUCUUCCUGAACCUGAGAAAGGAAACAUUGCAAAAUUGGAGUCAGUGCAGAAAUUAUGUUCUGUGGUGGAACUAAUACAGUCACUUGCAUCUGCUUCAAGGAGCUGUUUAAAACGGAAUAAUCAGGUGCUCCCAUCACCAUCCUUGGGAAUAUACCCUGAAAGAAAUACAGAGUUCACUGAGCAAGAGAAACGUGACUGGCAUUCGUUAAGAAUGAAAUAUUCAUUUUUAUCAUGUUUUAAAAUUUCUUUGUGAUAUAUUUAUUAAUGUAUUCUAUAGCAUAUUAUUAAUAUAUAUUUAUAAUAUAUUUACAAAUUCCCUGUAAGUUCUGCUAUGUAAAUUGAUAAAGUUUUAAAAUAAAAAUUGCAUUUCUGAACUU